AUGCAGUUCCCCAUGAACCAAACAACGCCAUUAAAGAACGUCCACAGCGAACCGGCCGUGUCCAAUAACAAAUCAAUUGCUAUAGUUGGCAUUGGCUGCCGGUUUCCCGGUGAUAUUUCCAGUCCGUCCGAACUAUGGGACUUCUUAGCGGAGGAACGCUGUGCAGCUGGCAAAGUGCCCAAGUCACGGUUCAACGUUGACAGCUUUCAUGGGAGCAAGGAUGAGCCGUCUACCACAGUAGCAUCGGGCGGGUGCUUUCUACAGGAAGACAUUCGGAACUUUGACAACCAGUUCUUUGGCAUCCACAACCGAGAGGCUGCGGAUAUGGAUCCACAACAGCGGAAGCUGCUGGAGGUUGUCUUUGAAAGCUUCGAAAGCGCUGGGGUUACCCUGGACGAUGUGUCGGGUGCGAAUGUUGGAUGUUAUGUCGCUUCAUUCACGCCGGAUUUCAUCGCCAUGCAGACCAAGGAUGUGGAGAGCAUGACCAGAUUCACCCACCUGGGUAUGGGGGCAACCCUCCUCGGAAACAGGAUCAGCCAUGUUUUCAACAUGAAAGGGCCGAGUUGCGUGGUGGACACAGCAUGCUCCUCAUCCUUCUAUGCAUUACAUAUGGCCUGUUCUGCGCUGGAAAAUGGCGAGUGUGAUGCUGCCGUAGUGGCUGGUGUUAACCUCAUACAAACUCCAGAGGUGCAUGUUGGGACAUCGCUGGGUGGAGUCCUUUCACCAGCUUCAAAGUGUCAAACGUUUGAUUCUUCCGCUGAUGGGUACGCUCGAGCCGACGGCGUCGGUGCGCUCUAUAUCAAGCGACUGGAUGAUGCCAUCCGCGACAAGGAUGCGAUUCGUUCCAUAAUCCGCUCAACCGCAGUGAACAGUAACGGUCGAACACCAGGCAUCUCACAGCCAAGUGUCGAUGGGCAGGAGGCAGUUAUCCGCAAGGCCUAUGCUCGUGCCGGACUUGAUCCAGCAGAGACUGCCUACGUUGAGGUCCACGGUACUGGCACAAGUGUCGGAGACCCAAUUGAAGUCGAAGGACUUUCUCGUGUUUUUUGCAAAGACCAACGCCACCGGCCAACGCUAAUUGGCGGCGUCAAGCCGAACCUGGGACACGGAGAGGCCUCAAGUGGUUUGCUAAGCAUCAUGAAGGCCAGUCUCUCUCUGGAGCGGCGCCAGAUUCCUGCUACCAUCAGUGUAAAGCAGAUAAAUCCGAAAAUUAAAACAGAUGAAUGGGGGGUAGAAGUUGUGACUCGCAUGACAGACUUCCCGUCGGAAGGCAGCGCACGCCGCAUUAGUAUUAAUUCCUUUGGUUUCGGCGGCGCCAACGCUCAUGGCAUCCUAGAAGAGGCCAGUCGUGAGACUAACAGAGUGUCUUGCAGGCAGGCCUUGCAAAUGAACGUUGAUUUAACGGGCUCAUUAAAUGGUGAGGCUGACAGUCACAUCAGUAAUGGCAUUAAUGGAUUCGAUGGGCGCAGUGUGGCCCCUUCGAUGCCAUAUUUACUUCCAUUUUCCGCAAACAAGCUACCGUCUUUGCAGGGGCGAGUCGAAAGGCUGUCUAAAUUGAAUUUCUCAGCCGUCUCCAUUGCUGAUCUCGUCUACACUUUGGGGCAACGGCGAUCACAUCUCGGUGUGCGUGGCUAUGUUAUUGCCCGACAGGAAACCCUUGCGCAAGAUCUCCAUGUCGACAACCUGACACAAGCCAACUUAGACAAUAACAUGGCGGAUAGCAAGUUGGCGUUUGUUUUUACUGGACAAGGUGCGCAGUGGAAGGGUAUGGCCCGCGAGCUAUUGCACUUCCCAGUCUUCGCAGACACCAUUCGGCAGCUUGAUUACGAACUGAGCAGCCUGCCUCAUGCCCCUGAAUGGAAGAUUUGUGACAUACUGAUGGAUGACUCGGAGGCCUGUCCAUUAAAUUUGGCAGCUUACGCACAGCCCAUCACCACUGCGGUGCAGAUCGGUUUGGUCAACGUCCUGCGAUCUUGGUCUAUGCUUCCCCAGGGAGUCAUCGGACACUCGUCGGGUGAGAUUGCGGCUGCAUAUGCAGCAGGUCUACUGACAUCUCGCGAGGCUAUCAUCAUCGCAUAUUACAGAGGCUAUUCCGUGACGAGGCUAGAGACUGAAGGAGCAAUGGCUGCCGUGGGCUUGCACUCCGAUGAUGCACUAGUGUGGAUCAAUAAGCUUGGCUUCAGCGCAAAUGUCAAGGUGGCAUGCAUCAACUCGCCAGAAAGUGUGACCAUCAGUGGGGAUAGAGAAUGCAUUGAUAUUAUUUUAGUAUCGCUACAAGCAGAAGGUGUGUUUGCUCGUAAGCUGAAGACAGAUGGCAGGGCUUAUCACUCCCACCAUAUGGCUGCCAUUGGCAUCAUGUACGAGAAGCUGCUUCAAUGUGCAUUAGCCUUUGAGCAGGAAGAAUCCUCUGAUUUCAGAGUCCGUGACAUUCACAUGUACUCCACUGUCCUGAGCCAGGAAAUUCAUGGAAAGAAUGUCCGCACAGCAGCGUACUGGCGUGCCAACCUGGAAUCCCCGGUUCGUUUCAGCGAAGGUCUUACGUCUCUGUCUGAGUCGAUCGGCUAUUGUACGUUUGUUGAGCUCGGGCCACAUGCGGCCCUAAAGAUGCCUAUCCUGCAGACACUCGGAAAGUCUACCUCCUAUCUUGCCACCCUUAAUCGAAGCCAAGACUCUUCGGUCUCCCUACUCAGCUUCGUUGGUCAACUCUUUGCCCAGGGCUUCAGAGUAGACUUCUCAAAACUCAACCAUACAUACGACCAUGGCACACCUAGGUUCAUCUAUGACUUACCGACCUAUCCAUGCCGAGAAUGGCGCAGUACCCCACAUCCCAGACACGAGCUCUUAGGUAGGGAAGUGCCAGGCGGAAACCAGACCACAUUUGGAUGGCGGAAUCUCUUGCAGCUGGAAAAUGUUCCAUGGUUAUGUGACCAUAAGCUUGGCGACACAGUUGUCUUUCCAGCCACCGGAUAUCUGGCCAUGGCUGUGGAGGCGCUAAUGCAAAAGAAUUUGCCUGUUGGGGCGGAUGGUGCAGGCAUAUCUGUGGCGCUUCGGCAUGUCGACUUGCUGAAGGCUCUUCCAUUGCCGGAGCAGGGAUCAAUCGAACUAUAUACGGAGCUUCGUCCACUCCCCAUCUCGAACGUUAGAGACUCCAAGGUUUGGUGGGAAUUUCAAAUCUCUUCUAUCUCAGAGGACGGCCCUACUGUUCGGGCAAAGGGGUCGAUAAGGCUGGAAUCCAUACCUGCCAGCAGCACACUGUUCCCAUCCAGAGAUUGUCGCCUGGCCCCCCAGUCCAGGAAGUUGUGGUAUGAGAGUAUCUCUAAUGGUGGUCUUGCAUUUGGACCAACCUUCCAACACAUGUAUGACAUCCACACGCCUGACCCCAAGGGUAUACUGUAUGCAGAAGCCCGGACACAAACUCUUACCCCCGCUGUCGAGGGGGCGCAAGUCAACCCCCGGUACCUCUUACAUCCUGUAUUGCUGGACAAUCUCUUCCAGGUUGCCCUUAUUGCAUGCACCGGUGGGUUUAUCCACGCGAUGGUUGGUAAAGUGCCGACUAGGCUCGGAAGUGUAAAUAUCCGCCUGCCCACUAGUCCCACUGACAAAGGCACAAUUUGCUCUGCGUCCAAGGUGACCGGCCAGGCUACCAACAAGAUCGACAGCGUCUUGUUCGAUAGCCAACAGCAGCUCAUAGCGCGUUUCAAAGAUGUUGACGUGACUGCGUACAUAGGAAACGAAAAUAUGGAGGUGCGGCAUCCUAUAACACGAGUGACCUGGAAGCCCGACAUUAGCCAGCUACACGACAGUGCGACUUUCUCAUCAGCGAUCGAUCAUGUUCUCUCAACAUCCGAUUUGGGGUCGUUCGGAUCCAAGGCCAACCUGCUGGCAGCCCUAGACUUGGUCGUCCAUAAGAACCCUGACGCGCAUAUCCUAUGCCUCUCGACGGACUUAUCCCUCAUCACGUUGGCCUUCCUGGAGGUUCUUGAUGCACCAAGUAUUUACAGACGCUUCAAUUCAUUUUCUCUGGGGAGUCUGGCCUCCGACGGUGGACUCGAGGUUGCCGAGGUCCACAAUUAUGUUGUGCCAUUGGGGCUUCGAUCCGUGCAGUAUCGGAAGGCAUCAGCAAGUGAACAGUUCGGUUUGGUAAUUCUAGGCGACGAUAUCGCUAUGAUGGAUAGGUUAGCCCCCUACACAGAUUAUCAAACAGUCUUCCUUGCGCCUCAUGUUCACAGCAGCUGGAAGUCUGAUGGGCUUUCGGUCCUAAACUCUCGCUCGGAAACAGCUCGCAAUGUGCAGCUUAUUCGCCCAGCACCGGCAAUGAAUAGCUGUUCUACUCUAGAUUUCGACAGCGUUCUACUCAUCUGCCGGUCAUCAGCACAUCCUGUCGAUGGGCACCUGGCUAGUCAUUUGAGUGAGGAUCUGGGCAUGCCGAUCAAGCGGGUGGUUUUAGCAGACCUAGGGGACUUGCAAAUCCCUCCUAACUCACUGGUCAUCUCUACAGUUGAGCUGGAAAGGUCAAUCCUUGCUGGCACCGUUCAACAGGAAGAGUUUGACGGCUUCAAACAGAUAAUCGAACACGCAGCGUGGAUUGUUUGGAUUACAGGAUCCGGAGUACACCAAGAAUUCAACCCCACGCUUUCCUUGUUCGCAGGCUUUGCUCGCGCUGUCGUGAUCGAGCAGCCCUCGACUAAGAUCUUCUCGCUCGAGCUGGAUCCAACGACCGAUGCUACAGUGAUUUCACAGGACAUUACGAGGAUACUUCAAAACGGGAAGAAGCCAAUCAAUGAUUGCGAGUAUAUCGACAAUGGCUCCCAUCUCCUAAUCAGCCGUAUAGUUCCUGACGAGCGCAUGAACAGAGAAUUUCGUGCACGGCAAGAUGGACUCGCAUCACCUAUGCCACUUGCGAGUGUUGGAAAUGCAGGCUUGUCUGUGCAGAGGCCAGGACAGCUGAGUACGGCACAGUUUGUGAAACGAGCUUACACAGGCCCUGCGACGCUGGGAGCAGAUGAUGUGGUUGUCAAGGUCUCCUGUGUCGGUCUCAAUGCCAAAGAUGUGAAUGCACUGGCAGGACAUGUCCAGACUACGGAUGCACGGUGCAGCUUGGAAUGCACAGGUCAUAUUGUCGCUACCGGGCCUACCGUUACGGAUCUCAGUAUUGGUGACAAGGUCGCCGUCAUGUACCCGGGUUACUUUGGCACAUACGAGACCGUUCCGGCCUGGAGUUGUGUUAAGCUGCGCGAUGGCGAGGACCUGCGUACCAUGGCAUCUGUUCUGAUGGUCUUCUCCACGGCUAUAUAUGCUCUUUACCACCGAGCUAAUCUGCAACCUGGAGAGUCUAUUCUCAUUCACUCAGCCGCAGGGGGUGUCGGUAUCGCCACAAUACAAAUAGCGAAACUCAUAGGUGCAGAGGUCUUCGCAACUGUUGGAACCGACGAAAAGAAACAAUACUUAGUUGAGCACUUCGGACUCAAGCCGGACCAUAUAUUUAGCUCACGCGACUCAAGCUUCGCUUCGAGCGUCAAGUCCAUUACAGAUGGACGCGGAGUCGACGUUAUCCUUAAUUCGCUACUCGGAGAACUCCUACACGAAAGCUGGGACUGCCUGGCAGACUUCGGUCGCUUUGUUGAAAUCGGCAAACGGGACCUUCUUGACCAGGGCCGCCUGAACAUGGAAAGGUUCUCCCGCGGAACGACCUUCACAGCGUUCGAUAUGAGCAUGCUGGCCGAAUCAACAUCCCCAGCACAGCACCGCGUUUACCAGGGUCUAGUGGCUCGCGUCAUCUCGCUGCUGCGGAAUUGCGAUAUCCGGCCUAUUGAGCCUCUGUCCGUAUUCAAUGUUUCAGAUAUCGUACCGGCUUUCAACCACUUCAAUAAUGCGAAGCGCAUGGGUAAGAUUGUUAUAUCCUUCGAGGAUCAAACACAGAUGGUACCUGUCGUACAUGAGAAGUUCUCCACGCAGCUAGAUCCCCAUAAGAGCUAUCUACUGGUUGGAUGUCUUGGUGGUCUAGGCCGCAGUGUAUCCAAAUGGAUGAUGAGCAGAGGAGCCCGAAAAUUCAUCUUUCUCGGCCGUUCAGGACUACAGAAACCAGCUGCCAAGCGCUUGGUCAACGAACUAGAAGAAGGGGGCGCACAGUGCACCGUGAUACAAGGCGACAUCACUAAAUACACAGACGUUCACAGAGCCGUCGCAGCGGCAUCAACCCCUCUCGGAGGUGUCAUCCAGGCAGCUAUGGGCCUCAACGAGGCCAUCUUUAAACACAUGCCGCGCGAAUACUGGCUUAACGGCACCGAAGCCAAAGUCCAAGGCACAUGGAACCUUCACAACGCUAUCUCCGCCUUAGACAAAGAGAAAGAACUGGACUUCUUCGUUCUAACCAGCUCUAUCUCCGGGAAACUGGGCACAGCCACAGAAAGCAACUACUGUGCGGCCAACAACUUUCUAGACGCGUUUGCGCGGUACCGUCGUGGACUGGGUCUGAAAGCCGUAUCUCUCGGUCUGGGGAUGGUCUCUGAGGUCGGGUAUCUGCAUGAGCACCCGGAGAUUGAGGACUUGCUUCUCCGUAAAGGUAUCCGGCCUCUUACGGAAGAUGAACUAGUUCAGAUCUUGGAUUUUGGACUCACUCAACCUCCUACAUCGCUUCAUCCUAAUGACCUUAUGCCCCAAUCACAUAUUCUGACUGGGCUGGAGGAUACGGGUCUACAGGGCCACCGGAAACAGGGAUAUGAGGGGUAUUGGCAGUUUCUGAGCGAUGCGCGGUUCGAUGUAUUGACAUGUGCGCUGAGGCGCAUUACGGGAAAGUCUGCACAAGGGAAUAGUACGCAAGCAUCAGUUAUCCAGGAGGCGAUUGCCUCGAAUGAUAAAGAGCAGGUUACGGAUGCGGUGAAAGUUGUUCUGGUGAACAAGCUUUCUAAUAUCAUUCUCACACCGGUGGAUAAAAUUGAGGUCCAGAAGCCUUUGUUGGAUUUUGGUAUGGAUAGUAUGUUGGCGGCGGAACUCCGUCAGUAUAUCUUUGGUACAAUGGGGGUAGAUGUAGCAUUCUUGGAUCUGAUGGAUACGAAAACCAAUAUCUUGGGUCUGGCAAGAGUGGUGGCAGACAAAUUGACGAAUACUAGUACGUGAUUUGAUUGAUAGGUACACAAUGAAUAAAUA